AUGAGUCACCAGCUUGCCGCUGGAACAAAACCGAAAGCAAGAAAAGCAGGCCGUCUGCACGAUGAGGACCGGGAUACAAUACACCCACAAGCAGUCACCGAGCUCUUUAUGGGGUUCUUAGCUCCUGCCGCGGAGCCAGUUGAUGUGUCAUGUCUCUGGAAAAAUACUCGAGAAGAAGUCAUGUGGCUUGACAGCCUAUUACCGUGGCGAAGAUCCCCUACGUGGCUACUUGUCCGUGUUGCCAUGCAGCUCGUCAUUUCAAGGUCGAGCAGUUCAUUUGAGUCUCCAGGGUUUCUGUACAAGAGGUUUAUGGUGUUUCUCAUGAGCCAUAUUCUAGAGCUUUCACAUCGCCAUUCUCUUCCCAGCGAUCUGUUGUACGCGAUGAACGCCAAACUUACCAGACGCCUACUCAAACUCGAUCCACAUGUCGGCACACCUGUCCUCAGUUUCGCUCAAAAUGUCAUGCAGAACACUUACGAUCAAAUUUCUACGAGGUGGUCACUCAUUCUGAAACAAGCCAGCCCUUGCCGCGAUCUAUCAUGUCUUGAACACCUAAGCUUUGACCGGGAUAUCUUCCACACUCUUGUCGGUCUUGAUAAAUAUGUUAAGUCGCUGGCUAAACGUGGGCAGCACAAAGGGCCUCUUUCCUUUCAGCCGGCUUCCCAGGUCACCAAAUGUCAAACCCAAGAACUUCCGACACACCUGGAUUCCUCGAUAGCGGAGUAUACGGUUUACAAUAUAAGGGCUUUUGAAGACUGGGUCGCCUCUAACCUUCCCCAAUGGCUGGAACACGAAAAGGGGAGCGCUGGCACCUGCGGCAAAAUAGGCGAGUCGAUUCGGAAUUACUAUAGAGUUGCAUCUCCCUUUUAUGCAGGAAAUCCAGAGGCCAAUUCCAUCAUGCUGCUGACAAUCCUUGAACUCUGGAUUGCCUGCGACAAAUCUGCAAUCAGCACUUGCGAAUUUCUUAGGGAUUAUGACCCGGGCAUCCCGCCAGGGCUUCUCCAAUCUCUACUGCUCCCUUUGGCGUGCCAGAUGGAACGUCUGCUUCAUGUGGAGCGUUAUCUCGUGCAACGUCAAGUGCACGCCGUACAUCCAUCCCCGAGCAUCUUUCGAGACUAUGGACUUCAAAAUUGCUUCUCGGUUAGAUACUUCAACCAGUCUCCAGAGCAUCGGACCCUUCUUCAUAAUAUUGAAUGCGAAGCAACUCAGGCUAAACAGGAGAAACUCAGGGAAUUCUCCCAGAAGAAGGAGGAGUACAGGUCCCUCAUGCGGCGCUUCAAUCAGAGCGAAUGCGAAUACGAAGUACGGGGGAACUAUUACAACGGCAUCUACGAACGACGCUACCACAGUGAUGGCUGCCAGAAGUGUGAGUACAGGUCCCAAGCUGAUUCACUUACUAUUCAGAUUCAUGAAUGGCCGCUACCUGACGACGCGCUAGAAGCCAAGUCAGUGGUAUUCGAGCUCAAAGUCCCUCCUUUUUUUGGUCACUGGCGGGAUACAACGCUAUUUCUCCUUCUCAACGUUAUGAAUGCUUGCUUGUCGGCAGACCGGCCCCGAGCACAUCACCCUCUCAGGGACUACCAGGGUCUUUCGUCCUUCUUUGCAUCAUUCAGCACAACACAGCGGCCCAGUCUCCUGUCGGAAAACAAACCUCAUGAAGUUACACACCGCUGGCCGAAGUAUAUCGCCACCACCACCCCAGACGAUUACAAAUAUCAUGAUGAGGCAACGGGCACGUUUGUCGGCGACUUCUGUUUCGAUGAUGACCUUCCAAAGCUUUUCACCUAUACAUUACCAACGCCAUCAGCGUCCAUUCAACGAUUCCUCUUUCGCCCAGCAGCAGCGCCCAACGGGCCGUCACCAAAUACUGUCAUAGCCAGCCAAUCCGACUGUCCUGAUUGCAUGUCGUUGGACGAGUACAAGGCGCUGUGUACCAUUCCCCUCGGUACCCGAAUUCAAUGGCAGAAUAUAUUAUUACAAAUCUGCGCGCCAUUGGUUGAUUUUAAGAAGGUCGAAACCACUUUUGUGGUUCUCCAGUCCAUCUAUCAAGCUGGUCCUUUGAGUGGGAGGACAGGCCUAAGAGAAAGCCACUACAUUGUGGGCGAUGCGGACUUCUGCCACGCUCUUUUAGAGAGCCUCCAUGAGGCUUUGCAGAGAAUUAAGGAGAACUGGGAGUCUUCGCAGGCACUCAGUAUCUUCACUUCCUUAGCUGCGCGGUUGUUGUCGCUGUCAACCGCCAAUCAGGUCAAGACCCGGUGCUUGACUUAUCUGGCUAAUGUUCGAGAUGUUGCUUUUGCUUGGGUCAACCUUGUCAAGGAUAGGGUGCACAGAACAACCGUGGCUUGCUACAGAACAGACUUAAUUUCCAAGGCUGUCGAGAUAGCUUUGAUUUGCAUCGAUUCGUUCAAUGUUGACGACAUGCAUCUAGCCCACGCACUGUCCUCCAAAGAUGCAUCAAUCUUCAUCCAAUGUUCCAUCAUCAUCCAAGAAGGCAUCAAUACCAUUUCGAAAAACUCUGACCCUAUGAUUCCCAUACCUCACCGGCGUUGGGGAUGGCUUUCGUAUCGCGCUUAUCCCAUCCUUAUAAAUGAAAUAUCCAAUGCUCGACGUCAGUCCCUGGACGACGCCAUAAGGAAGUCUUGGUCUGCCUACCAGGUGGGAGACUGCUGGCAAGUGGUUUCAGAGAAAGCAAAUUAUUGGGUUGUCAGCCAAACACCGCCUCGAAACAACUGUGCACAACUCUGGGUCCAUUUCAAUGUCCUAACUGGCGAACUGCUCGUGAAUGGCCUUCCUUUGAACCGUCUACCUUCCGAGUUCGAACGUCACGCGACCUAUCGAACGUUAUUUGGCCAUUCGACACUGGAGGUUUUGCCUUCCGCAGCCCAUGGCAUGCAAUUCUCUGGGAAAAAGGAGUAUGCUGGGUACACACUUCAUUUCGGCAUCAGCCCCGUUCCUGGAACCUCCGAGCUGCUUGAACACGAUCUCUUGGUUCAAGCCGAAAAGAAUGAUUGCAAAUACGAACUCAUUCCUUGCAGGGUCCUUCAUGGGGAGCUCCCUGACGCUUUCGUCGAGGAGUUUGUUCAUUGGUACGACGUAAAUGAUGACUCCUUGGAAUUUCGUCCUGUUGGGGAUCCUUGGAUUUCGUCUCCAAGUAACUGGAGAUUGACCCGAGCUAGAGAUGGUACUCAGUGGCUUAUGAGGAAUGGUGCGAUGUCUUCGGUCAGCGUCAAGAGCAAGACCGCCGUAAAGCUCUCGGACAUACUUUUUCCCGUAGAGGAUCCGCUCAAGAUACACAUCUCCUUACACCACUCUUCAUCAUCGUUAGAGAUUGAGCUUCCCAGACUACAGCUAGGAUUCAAUCUCAGAUCAGGGGAAUCCUCAAUCCAAUCAAAGCAGUUCCGGGGAAUGUCAGUCGAUCCCUAUCAGUCACUCGGUACCCUGGUGGGCCUUCGCAACAAGCUCUUGCUAAAACACAAGACCAACGACGGUCAUCUCGUCAUCUUGCCAGAGGGUGGCGUAUCGUGGAAAAAGGAUGGCGACCAUGUUUGUGUCGUCAUCGACAAAAACUCUGCUGCCAAAGCUCACGCAUACUACGUGGACACCCAGAUUGGCAGAUUGGUCGACAAUGGAAGCUUACAGAGCAAGUUGUUUCUAUGUUACCUCCACGCGCUCACGUCUUUUUGCCUUCCUGAUCCCCAUAUACAGAGAACUGGUACCGAGGAGGCUCUUUCGAUCCUAAACGCUGCUGCUGUGAGAUCAUUCGAUCGAUUGACACAGGAGAACAUUGACAUCCUCCGUCGGAUAGCUUAUCUAACCCCAGGAAGACGUUACUAUCCGGCUAAUGAACGCGUCAUGCAGACUGUGGACUGGGUACAGGAACUCAGUUUUCUGGCUCAGCACGGCAGAUUUUACGAGAGUGUCAUCUCCAUAUUCAAUCAAGCGGACAAGGCGAAGAUGUUCUACCCAGAAUCAUAUGUCCCGCCACCAGCUCUUGAUCACGUUGAGCCGUGCUUAUCGAAGCGCGACUCUAUUCGCUCGUCGACCUUUCGCGUCUCGGGCUUCGGUGCUGAGGAUCACACCGUCGAGCGCGAUGUCACUUAUUCGGCAAGGGAUCGGGAUAACCGCUUCGCGGGGAGGCUCAAAGCUUUCGCCAUGUCGGAUAUAGUGUGCCAGCCAUCCAAUACCAUCCGAGCUGGACUAGGACGGCGAGUUGCUCCAAGAUUCGCCAGAGAUUGUCUCCAAAUAUUGGUGCACUCUUCACCAAACAAUCAGUCGGGACCAUCCACGUUGGAACAAGUUCCGUCUGAUGAUCUGGCUUUCAACAUUAGCUUUGCUGAAACCAGCGAUAUACAAAUUGUCCAGACACUGGCCUCGUUCUUCAUGGUACCGGAGAUGAUUCAGAUCUCCGCCCCGCCCAUCACUUCCUUUCGCCUAUCUUGUGGUGCGGCGGUGAAUACGCGGGAACUACAUUCCAGCUUCCGAUCGGCUCUUCUCCCUUUCCAUCGUUGUCCGGAGGGACAGCUCUCCCGCGCCGCUAGAGAAUCUAGUUCUGUUUGCGACCGACGCCAACAACGCCAGUUUCAAAGCAACCAAGACCGUACUAUGAACAAACUUGUCAAUGCAAUGCAGGCCCAGUGGCCUUGUGAGAUUCCGACUGCCCCAAACGAUACCCAGUUUUCAUUGUACAUGGACAUGGAUAAAGUCAUAGAAGCUGCAAAGCCAAAGUUCAAGAUUUGGUUUGACAAUUAUCGAUUCUACGGUUGUCUUUGUCUAAUUAGAGAUACACUCUCGCUCCAACUGGUUAAUUCAAUAGAGGGGCCCUCAUCCUCACUAACCACCCCAGCAUGGAACCUCCAGAGGACAAAAGGCUUCAUUGGCAUCGAUGAUAUUUUCUCUUGCUCGCCUCCAUCCGAAUUGACCAGUGGAUCCAGAGACUUGAAUGAUCUUCUGCUGCCUUCGAAUGUGGAGAAAUCGACACCUCUUCUGGCUUCCCUUCUAGACCGACUUGAAACGCAACUGAACUCCAAUUAUGAAAGGAAGUAUGUCGAGGACCUGCGAGUGAGCCUCUCCUCUUUGCGUGGCUGGAGGGCUGAAUAUCACCUGUGGACGCAGGGAAAUGGCGUUGAAGGAAUUCUCCACGACCACUUAAACCGUUGCAGUGAACAGGUUCGCAAGAUCUAUUCUGCCAUCAUGUCCGCUGUGACUGAAAUUCAUGCAUUCGAAGGGUCAUCGACUACGCAACGAAAUAACUCGCUCUCAGUUGCUGUUGCCAUCAGGCAAAUUCCGCGGCUGUGCCCAGUCCUCUUCCUCCAACAGCUCGCUCGCAGUCGAUGGCAGAUAAUCACGACCGAAUGGAAGCGUUGCAUUGUUCAAUAUGCGCUGGCUCUCACCGAACUCCAAAGAGCGGAGCGACUCGUAAAUCUCUCUGGCUAUCAUGCUGAUCUUAUCAAAGAAAUCCGCAAUUCCGGCCACAGAAAUUGGGAUCCUAUCGAUUAUCCCGAGUCUUUACUGCUGGAAGCUGAGGCCGGAAUCAUGAUUCGAGAUGUUCAGGAAGAAAUUGUCAGAGAGAUGAGGAGUCCCCAACACGGUCACAAUGCGGUUAUGCAAUUAAAUAUGGGCGAGGGCAAGUCGUCUAUGUUCCAGAUGCUGGUCUCCAAGCUAGGAGGCUUGCUAAAUCGGCGGGUCUAUCACAUGCCAUUCUCUCGUUCAUUGAAACUCGGAAUAGCGGAGGCAAAUACGAUUGCCAGCAUCUGCCUCGAAUGCAUGACCAAUGGAGGCAUCCUCCUCGUUCAGCCCGAACAUAUUUUAUCCUUCAAACUGAUGGGCCUUGAGUGCCUCUUGACAGGGAAGGACUCAAUUGGCCGCUCGCUGCUGGACACGCAGAAAUACUUUGACACAUCAACCCGCGAUAUUGUGGAUGAGAGCGACGAAAACUUCAGCGUCAAGUUCGAGCUGAUCUACACCAUGGGCAUGCAGCAACCAGUUGAACUAAGUCCAGAGCGGUGUAUAUGCGUGCAACAAGCGCUGGAGCUUGUUAAGAUGUUUGCUCCAGGGGUGCUCAAGGAGCAUCCGCUUUCCAUGGAAGUCCACGAGCGUUGCCCAGGAAGUUUCCCCAGGACUCGGAUUCUUGGGUACGAGGCACAGAGACGGAUUUUAGCUAACAUUGCUGAACACCUCUGUGAGACCGGACUAAGCGGUUUUCCAAUUGCCCGGCAACCCGAAGCUGUUCGGAAAGCUGUGUACAAAUACAUCACCAAGCCCAAUCUCACUGCAGACGAAGUAGGUCAAGUGGAAAGCCAGUAUCCAGGAGGCUUCUGGACCGAGUCGACAAGCAAGACGCUACUUCUCUUCCGAGGUCUGAUGGGGGGAGGAGUUUUGGCUUUCGCAUUCGGACAGAAACGUUGGCGUGUCAAUUAUGGGCUUGACGCGACCAGGAACCCCCGGACGAGGCUUGCAGUACCAUACCGGGCCAAAGACAGUCCUACCCCUCGAUCUGAAUUCAGCCACCCCGACGUCGUCAUUAUCCUAACGUUACUUAGCCACUACUAUAGUGGGCUAGGUGACGAUGACCUAUUCCUGGAAUUUGGUCAUCUUCUAAAAUCGGAUCAGGCCGAUAUCGAAUACCAAGCAUGGGUCAAAGAUGCCCCCAAUCUACCCCCAGCUUUCCGCCAGUUAGCUGGUGUCAAUCUCAAGGACCGUUUCCAGUGCGUGGAACAAGUGCUUCCUCCCCUGCGCUAUGCUAAGGGUGUCGUUGACUACUUUUUGGCGCAUAUCGUCUUUCCGAAGGAGAUGAAGGAGUUCCCGCACAAACUGUCCGCGUCCGGUUGGGACAUUGGCCAGAUUAAGACUCAUCCAACAACUGGCUUCAGUGGGACAAACGAUUCACGGAUGACGCUCCCUCUCCAUGUAAAGCAUCUCGAUCUUCAGGAACAAAGACACACCAAUGCCCUGGUCUUGGAGCACCUCCUCCAACCUGAAAAUUCGGUUGUACUCAUGCCACGACGGGGACGGCCAUACAGUUCAGACGCAGAACUCCUCCUAACUAUGGUGACGAAGAUGGACCCCGCGCCUCAAGUGAUUCUUGACGUUGGGGCCCAGAUUCUCGAAUUGAAAAAUUUGGAACUUGCAAGACAGUGGUUGGAGAUGACGCCGGACCUGCGGCGAGUGCAAGCUGUUGUCUUCUUUGACGACAGUGAUGAACUCUCCGUUCUCGAUCGCAGAGGGAGGAUCGAAACAUCAACUUUUGCAAAACAGCUUGACGUAUGCCUCAUAUUCCUGGAUGAGGCCCACACGAGAGGGACCGAUUUAAGAUUGCCGGAAUCCUACAAGGCGGCCGUAACCCUAGGGGCAAAUUUGACCAAGGAUCGAUUAGUACAAGCAUGCAUGAGAAUGAGAAAGCUCGGUGAAGGCCAGUCAGUCGUCUUCUGCGUUCCAGAAGAGAUCGAAAUAAAGAUUCAGAAACACGCCGUCAAGCCUGAGAACGCGGUUAUUGACAUAUCCGACGUUCUUUGUUGGGCCAUGUCGGAAACAGGGACCGAUAUGCGUCGGAGCAUGCCUCUGUGGGCGGCGCAAGGCAACCGGUUUGAACACCAGAACGCGCUUUGGGCAGAUGCCCGCUCUGAUGGCGAGGUGCGAAUGUCCCAAACUCACGCGGAACGAUUCCUUGAGAAGGAAUCUCGCUCUCUAGAUGACAUGUACCGACCUUGCAUCCACACUGACAUGACUUCUGCCUUGCAAGUCAGCGCCAACGCGAAUCUUGGACUUAUCCGGGAGCAUUGCCGUGAAUUCGACGCCCUUGAAUUCAGCCUCGCUGAACUCCAGGAGGAGCAGGAGCGUGAAUUGUCGCCGGAGAUUGAGCAAGAGCGACAGAUCCAAAAGUCGCCACCUGCUGAUCCUGCUGAUCACCAUCUCCAUCCCGACUUGAUCACAUUUACGACUACGGGCACGCUCAUCAGUGGUUCCAAAGCCUACAUGCCCGCAUUCGAAGCAUUACGCAACACGAGUGCAGCCGCACAUCUCGACGUCUCACAAUUCCCCGACGACCUCUUCGUGACGGCUGACUUUUCCAGAACGGUCCAGGUCCGUGGCAACUCCUAUAUCUCGGAUGUUUACCAGAGGCCGGUGCAGUGGAUUCUGACCUGCACAGGGAGCGACUGCCCAGAAGGCAAUGCUGUCAAAUGCAUGGUCAUCAUCAGCCCAUAUGAGGCCCAGGAGCUACAGUCAACAGUCGGGCAAUCUAAGAAUGUGGCGCUCCAUCUCUACGCACCCCGGCCAAACUUGGGAUUCCGUGCACUGGAUGGGCUGGACUUGUUCACAGUACCCGAGGCUCGGGGUCGAGUUCUACCACGUCGCCAGGUCCUGCUGUUAAAUAUAUUCGCUGGACAACUGUACCUCUCCUCGUUCAAGGAGUACGUCGAGACAUGUGCCUUACUGGAACUAGCCUCAGAGAAAGCCAAAGAGGGUUGCAUCGUCGCUGCCGACGGUUUCAUCAUUCGAGAUUGCAUUGGAACAGGGGAGUCGAAGUCCGGGUCGGCUUUCGACCGAAGCCCUGUCCCAUUCCUGAAGGUUCUCAUGACGAAGAUACGGAGAAAUUGCCAGAGCAUUGACAAGACGCAUAUGGGGACGAUAUUGGAUGGCCGUUUGCUUCGUCCAUCAGACUUUGGUCUAUUAGAAGCCAGACAGGAUGUGGCUAAGGAGGGCGACCACGCACGCAGUAUCAUUAUUAGCUAG